AUGGAAAUACCAACUAUUAAUUUGGGUCAUACUAAUAUGAAAAUAACAAGAAUCGGUCUAGGUUCUAUGCCAUUAUCAAUUUAUGGUCGACCGACAAGAGAAGAUGCGAUUAAUGUUAUUCAUCGUACACUUGAUCUUGGAAUAACAUUAAUCGAUACAGCUGAUGCUUAUUGUUUAGAUGAAAAUGAUAAAAAUUAUAGUGAAAUAUUAAUUUAUGAAGCAUUACAAACAUAUCAAGGUUCAGCUAAUAUAAAUAAUAUUAUUAUAGCUACGAAAGGUGGUCUUAUUCGUCCUAAUGGUGCAUGGGAAACAGAUUUAAAUCCAUUACGUCUUCGUCAAGCUAUUAAAAAAAGUUAUGAAAGUCUUGGAGGACAAAAACCAAUUUUAUUAUGGCAAAUACAUAAUUCACCACAAGAUAAUAAAUAUAGUUUAAAAGAAAUAUUUCAACCAAUAUGUGAAGCUAUUGAAUUAAAAUUAAUUAAAUAUGUUGGUGUAUCAAAUUUUACUGUUGAACAAAUAAAAGAAGUACAAACAUAUGUUAAUAUACAAUCUGUACAAAAUGUUUUUAAUAUAUAUAAACGUCAAGCAGAAUUUGAUGGAGUUUUAAAAUAUUGUGAAGAUAAUAAUUUAACAUUUAUAGCUUAUUCACCAAUGGGUGGUCGAAGAAAACAUAAAAAAUUAAAUCAAGAAAAAUUACUUAUAAAUUUAGGAGAAAAAUAUCAUUGUUCACCUUAUUGUAUUGUUCUUGCAUGGAUUUUAUCUAAAUCAAAAUGUAUUGUACCUAUACCUGGUGCUAGUAAAAUAACAUCUAUUGAAGAUUCAGUUAAAGCUUUAAAUAUUCAUCUUGAUGAAAAUGAUAUUGAAUUAAUUAAUAAUUAUAAAUUUACUUAA